GCGACAGCUAAAGUUAAGGCGGCGCUUGAGUGGGUAGUAAUCGGUCAUUGUCGACCUAACUGAGAAAUAUGAUCAUCUGUUUUUCUGCAUUGUGAGGGAUAUUCAACAGCUUCAACAUCGGCAUGGCAGGGAACGAUAGUGACUUAGAGGUGGAAAGAAUAAUGCAGCGGCCGCCCAGUAGCUACGGCUCAAUGCGGAGUGAUGACCACGAAGAUGAUGACGAUAUGGAAGAAUCGGCCGUACCUGCCAGUGAAGUCAUCCUGCAUAUGCCCGCAGUUACUACAGGGAUCAGGCUGCACCGCCCAGACUCACCAGAGACUGGCAUUACUUCGAUCACUCAAGGACAACAGUCCAGCAUCCAUAAAGAGGGAACAUUCCUUAAUCAUGUCGGGCUGGAGCAGAAGCCAGCAGGCAUGGAGGAAGUUCCAGACAUUGAAAUGUGGAAAGAGAAAUGGAGAAAGAUGCAGCAAAGGAUGAUAGCAGAGCAGGCCCCCCCUGAACCAGAACAGCCUCCCCUUCCUCCACCAGAGGGUGUUGGCCUGCAAUCAGGGAUUGUACACCCAAGCCUCAGCCUGCCAUAUGUAUUUAAGGCCAUGCAGGAGUGCCUCUCCAUGCUAAACCAUCAGGAGCUGUUCUGGUUUAAGCGUGGUCUAUGUAGUCAGUAUAAGAAGCUUUUUGAGCCCUCUCUGCUGAAAGACAGCGACGUGCUGGACGUGGUGGACCGCAUGCUGGAGCGGCGCAGUAAGGGCGAAGCCGUUCGCAUGGCUGUGCGUAUCCUGCAGGAAAUCCGCAAGCAGGACGUCGCUGACAAACUCGAGCAUGCCUGCAGGAGAGUUCUGGUGCAGUAUGAGUUGAGGUUGUGCCAUUUGAGGCGUUAUUAUUACCUGUAUGAGGGCACAUGUCGACCGGGACAGCAGCGCUUUGUGAGUGACGUCUAUGUAGAGCCACCCAUAUUUAUUGGCGGUGACCAAGGCAUCAACACGGAGCAUGACGUUCACAGGCCUAAUUUCAUCUGCAACCAGGGGACCCCUAUACGAGCCAGUGACAUUUUCCGGCCACUAGAGCGGGAAGAACGGGUCCGGACGGUCAUGAUGACGGGGGUGCCGGCUAUCGGGCUCACGGUGGCCGCACAGAAGUUCAUCAUGGACUGGACGAAGGAGCAGACCAAUCAGGACUUUCAGUUUUUAUUUUCACUUCCAGGCCGUGAACUCCAUCUGGUCAGGGACGGGAAGCAAACCUUCCUGGAGAUGCUCAAUAGCUUUUACCCAGAGGCAAAGCAUGCCGACUUCCUGGAGUGCGAGGAUUGUCUCAGCCUGUUCGUCAUUGAUGCUGUGGAGCUUUGCAAUGAACCUCUCAACUUCAGAAACAAUUCCACUAUCACGGACAUCAAGACACCAGCAACCGUGGACGCCCUCCUGACUAGCCUGAUCAAGGGCUCUCUCCUGCCUCAUGCACGGAUCUGGAUCACCGGGCACCGGGCUGCUUCCCGCAAGGUCCCCCCCGAGUAUGUCAGCAGGUACGUGGACCUCAAGGGCUUCGGGGACGCGCAGAAGGACGAGUACUUCACCAAGAGGAUGAAGGAUCCGGCGCUGGGGCACCGCGUUCUGGCCCACAUCAAGCGCUCGCCGGCCCUCUACAACAUCUGCCAGCUGCCACUCCUCUGCUGGAUUGUGUCGUUUGUCUUCGAGCGGCGCUUCCAUGAAGAGGAUUACAGCGAGCACCCUCCGGCACUCACUGCCUUCUACGCCCAGUACAUGAUCGUGCAGACGAACCGCAAGAUCGAGCGCUACGUGGGCACGGGGCUGGAGGCGUCACGCUGGAAAGACUGCGACACAAACUUUCUGCUGAAAAUGGGCGAGCUGGCCCUGCGCAUGGUACAGGAGGAGAGGGACGUCUUUUACGAGGAAGAGGUCUCCGCCCUGGACCUGGAGGAUGUGAGCAAUCGCGGCGGGAUUUCCACGGAGGUGAUGCGUGAGGCAGGGUACCCGCGUGGGCGGGCCUUCAGCUUCGUGCACUACAGCGUGCAGGAGUUCAUGGCGGCGGUGUACACGUACGUGAGGUUCCGCACCAAGGGCAAGAGCGUGUUCGAGCAGCACAUCAAGAGCAAGAUGGCCAAGCUUUUGAAAGACCGCCCUGUCGUCGACCUCUACCGGCAGGCCAUCGACCGCGCCCUGGCCAGCCCUAAUGGACACCUGGACCUCUACCUGCGCUUCUUGUUUGGCUUCACCACGCCCGGGACAGAGGAACACCUGCAGGGCUACCUGCUGCCCCAUUACCAUCCCGAGCCCAAGGGCAUGGAGGAGGUGCUGAAGUACGUGAAAAAGAAGAUAAAAGAGAAUGCCUCACCCGACAGGUGCAGGAACCUGCAGCUUUGCCUCAUUGAGCUUGAAGAAGGGAAGAAGCGCAGAUGAGGGCGAGAGAAGGGAGAGCCCAGCGAAACAGCACUGAUGCGUUGGGUCUGUGCUUCGAAUAUGUUAAAUGUAUUAAUGUGAGCAUGUGACUGAGAGACAGAAGAAUAUAUGUGCUAAUCCUUAUGAGUUGCUUAGUUUCCAGUUGUGAAUUCUAAACUCUAAAUUGUGAAUCCUGCUGCUGAGUAUAAGCAAACCUUUCUGCAUGUAGCAUCUGCGGAAAUUAAAGUAUAAUGAAACAAUGUCUAAUUACAAAUGCACACUGACCAAUUAGAUAAAAAUAAAGAUGUGGCCAUGGAUCAAGUUAAUUCCCAUAGAGUCAGGAUGCAGAAGGAGGGUUUAGCUUUGGUAUGGGUGUAAAAUCAAGGUCAAAGUAUCCUACUAUUACUUCUGUCUUACUGUGCAUGUGGGUUUGAAGGAGAGGAAUUUCAUAUCUAUCUCAUUUCUUUCACACAUUUUGUGCCUUUUAGUAUUUAAACAUUUUUGAAAGAGGGAUGAGUCAUUUUUGUACCAACAAAAAUGAGCAAAUCAUAUUUAUGAAAGUGAUUAAUUUUACUUUUUAUUUUUUUCUAUAAAGUGCAAUUCACAUGAGAUUAGUCCUCAGAUGGAUUUCUGAAAUGUAUUUUAGUCCCAAAAUUAACCAAUUUCAGGGUAUCAGUACUGUAUUGCCAUAUGAGCCAGUGGUUCACUGAGAGGAAUUUGUUUUAGUUACCGCUCAAACAAACAAACAUCCAUGUAUCUGACCAAUCUGGGUUAAUGCUGGAGGUGUUCAUGUUUAAAAUAAAUUCAGUACAGAAUAUCUGAAAUGUCCAGGAGAAUAAGUGUCAGUAUUAGGGUUCUUAGUGUGAAAAGGUAUGUUUCAUCAUGUGAAGAAUCAUCACUGGAAAAAUUACUCAUUGUUCCUUUGUUUUCCUAUGUAUAGUCAAUGACUAGGACAAUGGGGAUUAUAAAUGUACCAAAAAAUAAGAGCGACAUCUGUUUCAUUGUUACUGCAUACACAAAUGCAUAAAGCAGGAUCCGACAUGCUUCAGUAGAUGUAGGCAAGUUUUGGGUGUGUGUGUGUGUGUGAGAGAGACAGUUGUUUACAGGUGUUACCAAAUGGUCACACUGUUUAAUGGUGUGAAAAUGGAGAAAAUUACCUCUCAUGCACACUAUUGAGUGUAAAUCACAGUUAGUUAAAAAAGGUUGAUCAUACAUCCUCUUUUUCCCCAAGACAUGCCGUUUUGGGGACUUAAAAAAAUGUAUGGCCAGGAUUUGGCUCUCCUUUCCUGCUGACAUUUCCUUUCUACAGUCACCAUACACUGUGUGGUUAUUUUUGCAUUGCUUCAACCAUUCCUUUAGGUCCUGCCUUCUUGUAGCGCUACAGUUGGUCAAUCAUGACAUACACACAACCAUUGGUCAGAUUGCUUCACAGUGUGUGUGAAGCUGCAUCACCGUAGUGUAUGGCCAGAAAGGGCAUGUGAAAUUUAUCUUCUGUAUGGUCUUUUGUUUGGUACCUUAAAGCCUAAAAUGCCCAAACAGUGCUGAUAUACAUUUGGCAUUGGAAGCAUUUGGCUUGUGUUUCUGUGAUGCCCAUUUUCUAUGUACAGAAGACAUGACAAUAUUUUCACAAAAAUGAGUCUACUUAUGCUCAAAUCACUAAUCUGUAAAUGACUUUUAAGGCUUUUACAUCUAAUAAAACAAAUAAAAUAAAUCAGAAUUAUG